UUUAAAAAUGGCAGAUCCAUUUGAUGAUGAGACUAUCUUCCAAGCAUGCCAGGAUAACCCACUAUUGGGGAUUGAUGUGAGCUUUAGUGUGAAGAACCAUAAGAAAGAGCAAGAGGAGGUCACUGAGAAGGAUGGAAAGUUUUUGGCUGAUAGGACAAAGGCAUCUAUAUUUUCGUUUGAUGAGAAGGUCACUCUUAUUGAGAAUAUGAACCAUUGUUAUGAGUUUUUGGAGAAUGUGAAGAAGUAUUCUCAGUGCCUCAAGAAAUCCAAUUGUGAAUAUCUACCAGGAGAUGCGAUAGAUAAGAUUAAAAUGGACUUUUACUUCCAAAAGACACCAAAUUAUUGGUUUUAUCCUAUCUAUUCAGCCUUUGUGAAUCCGAAUUAUCACUAUUUUGGAUAUAAUCUUUCAAAGUAUCCGAAGAGUUCCUUGUUCAAGAAGUUUGACAAGACCCAAUUGAGGUUUGGAUUUGGAGAGAAAUGGGCUAUGUCUUUCCACCAGUUCUUUAAAGAGCACAAAGGGUAUAACAUUGAGUUCUCAAGUGAAUUAUCCAGGAGGGACAUUGGCAUCAAUGCUAGGGAGUACAAGAGAGAGACAGGUGUCACUUUCCAUAAAUAUUUAUCAGAACCAAGUGUGCUUUUCCCUCUUUGCCCCUUUGUUGAUGAAAAUAAGGAAUAUUUCUGUAAGAUUUAUAGCAAGAGGAGGUCUAAUGAGAUCGAUACUAACAAGGCAAGCACCGAGUUUUUGGAUCUUGCACUCAACCAAGACAGGCUUUUGGCCGUUAAAGUUGGGUAUCUUUCAAGCAAGUUCAAGGAUAUUCUGCUUUCGGAGGGACAUACUAUGGAAGUGAGUGGGGAGUUCUGCACUGAUCAAAUAAAUUCUAAAUUCUUGCAUUUCAAAUCUCAUUAUAGGAGGUUUCAUACUGUUGGUAAUUGUUAUCUUCAAACCUUUGCUAAGUACGAUAAGCUAUUAGGUCUUGGAAACCAUAAAGAAUACUCGAUUAACGACAGGAUCUUACUGAGAAACUUUAAAGGUGUCAGAGAUGUUGGCAAAAAGUAUCACAGACCUGGCCAGGAGGCUCAAGUAAAGGAUAGGAACUAUCUUCCCACAGGAGACUGUCUCGGCCACACCCAUGCACUCGAGCUUGGUCUGAAGAUUACUUCUCCUAACCUGCCUAUCUUUGGUCGUUACCAGCUUGACCAGUAUGACUGAACAUUUAGGCCAUUUGUCUUUACUAAUUUGGCUAUACUUCCUGAUGAAUUUAAGAAAGGAGAGAGAAUUGAGAGCAACAUAUUGAACAAUUCAGUUGCUUCAGCAGGAAUUGGGCUCCAAUUCAUUCACAAGCUGCUUUCAGCAGAGAUGUAUUACUCAGUUGCAGUACACAAGCAUGAUUAUGAGUUUGGAACCGAACUUCAGUUUAACUUUGGCUUAGAUUAA